AGUCAACCACUAAUUUUUCUUAGUCUUUCCCAUAAAAACAAAACUAAAACAAGUUGUGGAAAGAUCAUGGAAAGAGAAGAGAGCAUUGAAAACUUUCUAGGAAAAAAAAAUACAGGCGCCCAUUUUGACAAAACCGUCAACAAAGUCAACUACCAUUAUUUCUUCUUCCUUCUUCCUACUAUUCAUCUUCUGCAAAUUCAUCGCCUGUUUCCUAUCACAUUCUCUUUUCCACCAGAAAUCAUUCUAGGAAAUUAUACCUGGAUGUUUGGCACCAUCUUUUCUUUUAAAUCGUCCACUGGGGAAUCCAAGUAAUCCCAUUUUCAGACUGUAACAGUGAAUUUAAUCCUAAUGGAACUGCUGCAAUGGAGGAUUUAAAAUUUGAUUAUUCCAGCAUGAGCAUCUGGGGUGUUGGAAGAAGGGAAACAGGUGAGCCAAUUUCAUGCUUUGCAACUUGGUCUCAAUUGCUCUUAUUAAUACUUGGCAUCUUCUUUGGGACACAGUUUUCUGCAAUUCAUAGGAGAAACUGAUGGCUGCAGAAAGAGAUGACCCCGUUGCUAUUCGUAUAGGAAAAAAGCUGCAGGCAAUUUCCCCAAUAUCAUCCGAUUGUUGCAUCUUUAAAGUACCUAAUUAUCUUCGCAAGGUAAAUGAAAAGGCUUAUGAACCUGAGGUAGUUGCCAUUGGUCCUUACCACCGUGGUAAGGAUCACUUAAAACCAAUGGAAGAACACAAAAUUCGGUUUCUCCAAUUGCUUCUUCAAGAAAGAAGGGAGAAUGAUGUCACCAAAUAUGUUAUGGUAAUGAGAGAGUUAGAAGAGAGAGCUAGAAAAUGCUAUGCAGAACCUAUAGGUCUCGACACCGAUGAUUUCGUUGAAAUGAUGCUUCUUGAUGGCUGUCUUAUUAUUCAGCUAAUGCGCAAGUUUGCUAGGACCACAUUGAUGGAUGAUCCUGUUUUUAAAAUAGGUGGUUUCCAUGGUAUCUUAUGCCGUGAUUUGUUAUUGGUAGAAAAUCAACUUCCCCUCUUUGUUCUUUGGGAGUUGUUUCAUAUGAUUGAGAUUCCUAAUCCAGAUAUAUUCAUAUACAUUACCAUAAAUUUCUUCAAUAUUAUCUUACCAGGUAAAGGGUGUAUUCGAAAUGACUUAAAAUCAAUCAUGGAGAUCAAGCAUCUGCUAGGCCUGAUAAUUGACUGCUGGCAUCCCCCUGCAUUUGAAAUCGAGGCCUAUAGGAAAAAGACUAAAAAGAUAGAGUGGAGCUUCAUGCAUUGUGCAACAGAACUCCAGGAGGCUGGCAUCAGGUUCAAAAAGGCUGACGGAAACAACGUUUUCGAUGUAAAGUUCGAAAAUGGGACUGUCAAGAUACCAACUUUGGAAAUUGAUGACCAUACAGAAUGUUUCCUCCGGAAUCUGAUUGCCUUCGAGCAGUUUUUCCCUGGAAGAAGUUUAAAUCAUGUCACUGAUUAUAUGAACUUCAUGGACUGCCUGAUCAACUCUCCAAAAGAUGUGGAAUUGCUUCGUCAGCGAGGGAUUAUUAAUAACUGGUUAGGCAAUGAUGAAGUGAUUGCCACCAUGUUUAAUAUGCUUGGUGACUCUGUAAGCAUAUCCCGUUAUUCCUUUUACUCUGAAGUUUUCAACAAUGUUAACAUUUAUUGCAGUAGACGCUGGAACAAAUGGAUUGCCAACUUGAAGCAUAACUAUUUUAACAGUCCUUGGGCACUUGUUUCCAUUCUUGCUGCUGUUGUCCUCCUUCAACUUACUUUGGUGCAAACUGUAUUUUCAGUUCUCUCUUAUGUUAAGUAACUGCCAACUCUUACAUGUAUUCAGUUUUUGCUUUGUUGAGGGGAAAACGAUCGCAUAUCUAAUAGCUUUUUCUCAUAUCUAUGAAUGAUGAUGUAAAGAGAUGGAUCGGCAGUGCUGUGUCCCUAUAAUUAGUCUCUUUGUAAUUUUUUUAGUGGUAAGAGAUUCUUAACUUUCGUUUAGUAUAUUUAUUUUCUGAAUCGAUUUAAACCGAUUUAUUAA